GAACCUUAUGGUGUUCAAGACGUGUACCAUACGGGGACACGUGUACGAGGAGAGAGAGAGCCGGCUGUAUGACACGGAGCGGUUUGAGGAGCCCGUGUGCUGCAAUAAUAUUGACGUAAAAUUCUUCUUCACAAUCCUAGCUCUCUGCCACACGGUGCAAAUAUCAAACGAAGACAUGAAACGGCUCAGCGCCCGUCUCUCUCUCACCUUCGACAAUCCCCUGAAAUUCAUGAGACGGAAAAAGUCGAGUAAAAUACCGAAUGGUAACGGUAACGGAGCAGGCGACAAUAUAUCUUGGGACGCUCUUUUAGGAGAUAAUUUGGGAAAAAUGGAGUAUCAGGGUAGCAGCCCUGACGAGAAAGCUUUAGUUGAGGCCGCAGAUAGAAUCGGGGUCUCGUUUCUGGGAGAAGACGGCAAUAAUAUGCUGGUGAAGAUUGGCGAUCACACGGAAAUGUACGAACGGCUCCAGUUAAUAGAGUUCACUUCGGAACGCAAGAGGAUGUCGAUUAUCUUACGCGAUAAAGAUGGGAAGAUAUGGUUGUUCUGCAAAGGGGCAGAGAGUUCAGUUUUCCCCCUUUGCAAGGAUUCGGCGUUGAUAGAAGACACGGACAGUGACAUCAAUGUGUUUGCCAAUAAAGGACUGAGGACGCUGGCGAUAGCUUAUAGAGAGAUACCAGAAGAAGAAUACAAUAAGAUCUCUGAAUCAAUACAGAAGCUAGACACAACCAAAGUGGAGUCUCUCCAGCUAGUCACUCAGCAGUAUCGCGUGUUAGAGCGUCAGCUGACUCUAAUCGGGGCGACAGCGGUUGAGGACUGUCUACAAGACGACGUCGCUGACACACUCGCGGCGCUGCGCCGUGCUGCGAUCAAGAUAUGGGUGCUGACAGGAGACAAGGUAGAAACAGCGAUCAACGUGGCUCAAUCCUGCGCGCACAUAUCCGAGAACGAUCGCCGCAUGUUCCUCAUAGGUGUCGAAGAUGACGUCACCCUACAAGCUCACGUCACCGAAUGCAGGAGGAUAAUAUCCGAACCUAGUUAUAGAGAGCUGACGUUGAUCGUUGAUGGGACGAGCAUGAGUCAGAUACUUGAUACGGAUUACGCGAAGCACUUUGUGGAGAUAUCGAUGCAGUGUCACGCGGUUUUGUGCUGCAGACUGUCGCCUAUACAGAAGGCUAAAAUAGUGAAACUAAUAAAGAACAGCAAGGACCGGCCGGUGACGGCGGCCAUCGGCGACGGCGCCAACGACAUCUCCAUGAUCCAGGAAGCGCACGUCGGCUUCGGCAUCUUCGGCCGCGAGGGUCAUCAGGCCGCCAGAUCGGCCGAUUUCGCAUUUACAAAGUUCUCUAUGAUAAAGAAAGUACUCUUAGUUAUAGGCCACUGGUAUUACCAAAGAUUAGCUACGUUAAUACAUUACUUCUUCUAUAAGAAUCUAGUCCUCGGAAAUAUAAUGUUAUUCUUUCAAUUCCAAUCGGCGUUCUCAACGCAGUCCAUAUACGACUCUCUAUUCCUGACGAUCUACAAUCUCGUGCUGACGUCAGUUCCCGUCCUGCUGCUGUCCAUCACGGAGCAGCGGUGGCCGUCCAACUUGUUACUCAAGAACCCAACACUAUACCGGGAGAUCGCCCGCAACCGGCUGAUGUCGUGGUGGUACUUCAGCUCGUGGACGCUAGCAGCAGUAUACCACUCGGUGGUCAUCUACCUCGUGUCUUACUUCGUGUUCCGCAUCCCUGUCAUCAAUGGGGACGCUAAGACUGUUGACCUGUGGUCGUUCGGCUCUCUGCUGUUCCACCUAAACGUGGUGAUCGUGAACCUAAAGCUGUGGCUGCAAGCGCGCUACCAUACUCUGAUAUUCGUGGCGUCGGUGCUGCUGUCCGUACUCGCGCACGUGGCCAUCACCGCCGUCUACUCGCUGCUCAACCUGCAAUACGACGGCGAUGUCCUUGGUACAUACACUCGCCUAUUAGCGUCUCUGCCUUUCUGGAUCGCCAACGUCGUGGUCGUGAUAGCAGCACUAGCGCCGGAUCUCGCCACGCGUCUUGUGUCUGACCGCUGGGGCCGCCGCGUGGAAGCACCGGCGCCUACGCAGAGUGCCUUUGUCAGUCGACUUUAGACCUUAAUGGGUAACCAGUACGGUUUAAUUUACUUUGGUCGUCGAUUUUACGUCGGAUUUCGUCACGCGACUUGUAUCUGACUGCGCUGGGAGCGCCGGCGCUUACGCAGAGCGCCUUCGUUAGUCGACUUUAAACCUUAGUGGGUAGCCAGUACGGUUUAAUUUACUUUGGUCGUCGAUUUUACGUCGGACUUCGCCACGCGGCUUGUAUCCGACCGCUGGGGCCGCCGUGUGGAGCCACCGGCGCCUACGCAGAGCGCCUUUGUUAGUCGACUUUAAACCUUAGUGGGUAACCAGUACGGUUUAAUUUACGUCGGAUCUCGCCGUGCGACGUAUCCGACCGCUGCGCUGGGAGCGCCGUCGCCUACGCAGAGCGCCUUUGUUAGUCGACUUUAAACCUUAGUGGGUAGUCAGUACG